CUAAGUAUUGCAUCAAACGAAUACCCAGCUACGCCUCGAAAGCAGGGGCCGAUUGAACCUAAACAGGAAUGCACAGUACUCCGACGGGGUAAUCUAGUCAUAAUACAGGAUGAACACACAAAGAAUCAACGCCAUAAGCCAUCAUCAUCAUCAUCACCAUCAUCACCACCACUACCAAACAUCCGACGAUACGAGAUGAUACUACCUCCAUCCGGAAGAACUCCCCCGCCUCCCGGUGUCAGACAUCGUAUAACUUUGCCUGGCUCCCGUUUCAACCCCUCCGCCCCUGCCCACUCAGCCUUGGUUCUCGGUCUCUUGCCCCGGAUAGGGCUGCUUUCGUUAUGUGUAUCUACGGUUCAAGCCACCGAUUCAUCAGCUCAAGAAGUCCCCCCAUUUGCGAGGGUCAAUUGAAGUCAGUAUCCCCGGAAAUUGAUCUAGGGAGGUUGGGUUUGAGUUUCGAUGUAGUCCUAUUCCCUCAUAUCCUCGUUUCGGAGUUGAGGUACCCGGUCUCGUAACACGGACAAGUCAAAGAGAUGACUCAAAUAAAGCAUGAAAAUGCAUUUAGA